AUGCAAAACGAAACUGAAAAAUCCUCAUACCAUUGUGGUAUCUGUCAAAAAUCUUUUUCUCUGGAAAGUAACCUCAUCAAACACAAAUGUAUUAAGAGAGGUGAGAAAACAUAUCCCUGUGACAUCUGUGGUAAAUCAUUCACUGCUAAUCACAAGUUAACGAGACACAUCCGUACUCAUACAGGACAAAAACCAUAUCCUUGCGAUGUCUGUAGCAGAUCAUUCUCAGAGAAUGGUAUAUUAGCUACACACAGAUGUAUUCAUCCAGGAGAGAAUCUUUGUAAAUGUGAUAUCUGUGGUAAAUCUUUCACCGAUACUCGCAACUUAACCAGACACAUCCAAUUGGUUAAAGUCCGACAACCCAACUAA